UGUCACAGAGAAUGUUACCCGUGGGAUGGUCGGGCAACAGAUUGUGCGGUGUCCAAUCAGAGGAGUAACAAUAAAUUUAAUCGUGACAUGUCCGCGUUCCGCCAAAACUUCGCCACUUAGACGAGUUGGUCUGAUGUACAGAGUUGCUACAGAAGAGGGUAUUAUGUAUGAGAUCAUGAAUUGGGGAUCAGUCCAAGCCAUGAUGAAAGUGUCCAAAGAAUUUUUCAUGUAUGAAUCGGGCGUGUACAGGUGUUCAAAUUUGGCUUUGGGAUCGAAAACAGGAUAUCAUACUGUAAGGAUUGUAGGUUGGGGUGAAGAACAACAAAAUGGCAGAACAGUAAAAUAUUGGAUCGUUUCAAACUCGUGGGGACUUUGGUGGGGUGAAAGCGGAUACUUCCGGAUACUGAAAGGAACCAACGAGUGUCAGAUCGAAGACUUCGUUGUAGCCGCGAUGGCCGACAUCGGAAAUUUCUGUAGCAUAUCGGAUAAGUCGUUCAGAGAAAAUGCUUCAUACUCAUUGAAUGGCACAAAAAUCGAUAUUUCUUAAGCUUAGGUCUAUAUAUGUAAUGUUUGAGAAUAUGCUGUAGUUAAAUCAACUGAUCCAGCAAACAAAAAUUUAAUGAAAUAAAAAUUAUUCAUAUCACCUAUA